UUAUUUAUUUUUAAAUUAAAAAGAAAAAUGAUUAGUAAUUUUCAACAACAAAUCGAUUCUUCCAAUCCAAAUUUUACAAUAAAAUUUAUUUUGGAUCAAUUAAUUAAAUCAAAACAAAAACCCCUAGGUUUAGAAGGAAUUGAUGAGAUUGAAAGUGUUAAUGUUAAUUUAAUGGGAAUUGGUGGAUUUAUUUCCAAAUUAUUUAGAAUUAAAAUUAAAUUAAAUAAAAAUGAAAGAAAAGAAGAAUUUAAUUGUAUUUUUAAAAUACCAACAAUGGAAAAAUUGGAUGGAGAAGUAAAAUAUGACAGUAAAGGACGUGAAGAUUUAAUUGAAUGGAUAAAUCAUGUCCAUAAAUCAGAAUGUCGAUUUUACGAUGAAGUUGAAUCAGCAAUUUCUUCAAUUGCACAUUUUCAUGCCCUUAGUUUAAGUUUUCCAUCAAAAUUAAUUGAUUCUUUUAAAAAUCAUCCAAAUUUGGAUAUUGACGAGAAAAGUUUAAAAAUAAAAGAAAGAAUAUUUUCUACUCCAGACACAGCAGAAAUGUUUAAAGGAAAUGAAGAAAAACUUUUAAAUUUAUUUGAUAAUUUUGGUAAUUAUAGAAUAGAUCAACAUAAAGAGUUUGGAUUAGAUCCAGUUAUUGUACAUGGAGAUAUGUGGCAAGUAGUCCACAUAGGUACAGGAAUAAACGACAUUGUUAGACUUAUUUUUAUUUGUGUUGAUGCUGAAUUACGUCGUUUAAAUUCAAUUAAAUGGUUACAAAUUUAUGAAAAAUCAUUUAAUAAAAUAAUUAAAAAAUUGGGAAAAGAAGAAAAGAAUUUAAAAUCUUUUAAAUUAAUUAAAGAAAUUGCAAUUUAUCAUUCAAAAUAUGAAUGUUGUUUUCAAUUAUUUUUAAUUGCAAAUAUUUUGGGACAAGAAAAAGAAAAAACAAAAAGAGAAAAACUUAUAAAUAGAAUGAAAUGUUUAUUUGACGAUUGCUGUAAAGAAAAUGGAUUUUUUAAUGAAUAA